AUGCCCUACUCGCCUGGUCCAACAACCCAAGAGACCGACCUCACAGACGGCUCGUCCGACACAUGCGAUCCGUCAAUCGCUUCGACUUGUCACGGUACCCCAUCUACUCACACCGACGGCAUCAAUGACCACAGUAUCAUUAACAAUCAUAGCGGGUGGCGACAACCAGUCGGUCGGUUUGUGGCUCGCACGCAACAGACGAUCGACUCGCACUUGGCACUGUUUCGCACGGGUCUCUUUGUCGCGAUCGCCACUUCGGUCGCGGUAUCGCUCCACCUCAGCGGUCUCUUCAGUAGGUUCAAACGGGUGGAAGACAUUCCAUUGUGGCACUUUGCGCGGCGGAAAAAGCUCCGCGUGCGAAUGAUUGCGCAGUCCCAAAGUGAUCCCAAUGUCUUGUACGUGUGCCACGUACCGUUCGUGCGGUGCACGAUGCUACGAGAUGCGGCAGGUGAUCCCUCCAGUGUACUGCAGAUGGCAAUCGCCAAAAAGCAGCAGACGAAGCAGCAAAGAAGUGACUUGAUUGCGGUUCGACCAUUUGGCGUGCGCGUUGACAAACGCUCAAACGAGUGGAUCGACGCGACUCUCGUGGCGUCGCAUCGGUACCUGACGAUCCAAUUGUUACAACGAAGAAGCCACGUGGAAAGCAGCGAGUACGGGAGCGUUGCGGUCUGUAACAUUGCACAAAGACGGUUCCCACUGAGACAAGACGUGGCUCAAGAGCUCGUGGCUCGUGGGUACGCAGAGUGCAUUCCCGAGCAUCUCGAGCACUACGACAACGGAUCCAGUGGAAAUGUGGCCGACCUGACCAAGCGCCUGCGGAACCUCAAGGCGGCUCAGAAACGUGCUCAAGUCAUGCAGUACGGCAUUUGGACCGACUGGCGACAAGACAAACUCACAGACCGCGUCGUGUCCACUGCGAAACGAACAGCGCUCAAAGGGCUCCAAAAGGUCGUCGACCGCAUUCGAUAUUGA